AACAUCCCUCAGUUACGUGUAAGGGAGGGACGUAUGACGUAAAGGGCCAUAAAAUAAUAUUCUUCAAAAUUUUAUUCUACCAUUUGGUCGGAGUGAUUAAAAUACAAUGUAUAUCAAUCACGUACGUGUAUAUUAUACAUAUCUCCACAAAGUUACAGCUUUCUAGUGCUAAUGAUAACAGUCUCAAGCAAAACCGGGGACGUACAGACGUACAUGAGGAAACUAUAAGGGUUUCUUGUCAGGACUACGGAUCCCUAAAAACUGUGGUGUCAACAAUUUUUAGUAGUUUAGUUUGUGGUUGUCAAUUGUCAACGUCUGUGUCGUCUGUUUUGUUGUAUUUAUUUUCUGUGUUUUCUACCAAAAGUGUUUUUAUUUGAGACUUUAUCGUUUCUAUAGUUAAUAAUAGUGAAAGAGAGCACAAGGAACAUGCCUAAUUGCAGUAUUGUGGGUUGCGGCAACAAAUGUAGAAUUCUACCAAACAUAUCGGUACACCGGUUACCUAAAAAUGAUCUAAAAAGAAAAAUGUGGCUGGAUACAAUAGGUGUGGAAAAUUUAAAGACUCAUACAAAGUCCAUUUGCAUUUGCUCUCUCCAUUUUGAGGAAUCCUGUUUUAAUCGGACUUUAAAUCACAUAGUAUUGCGAGACGAUGCCGUACCUUCACGAAUUCUUUUAGUUGAAAGUGACAAAUGUCAAGAUCCAAUACCUAGUAUGUCCAAUGAGACUACAUCAAAUUUACCAGUUCAGGACGCAAAACUGGAAACUAUUGAAAAAUUAAACAUGAAGUGUAAACAAUACAGGAAGAAAGUAAAAAGGUUAAAUGAAAAAAUUAGAAGACAGAAUAACAAAAUUACGAAUUAUGAAAAUAUAAUUUUAACACUUUCAACCUUGCAGAAACAAGCCAAAAUACCUCGCUCGCGCAUUUUGUUCGUAAAACUACCAUAAGCUAACCUGAACCUCUAUAAAACAACACUAGCACAGAUGACUUAAUUCUUUUGUCAAAUUUUAUUAGAAGGUCACUUCAGAAGUAUAUCUGAAGUAAUUUUUCAAUUUGACGACUCUGUAUAUAAAAAUACAGCCCUUGCUGAGUUUCUUGCCGGUUGUUCUCAGUACUCGACCUUCACAAGUGUUUGUAACAGCCUAGACUGAAUAAAUGAUUUUUGAGUUUAAAUUUGAAAACAGCAGCGGUUAGGAUUGGUUAAUUUUGACAGCUCGCCUUCAAUAGGCUUUUUUUUAUUAAUCUUCGGAACGAAUGCAUUAAUUUGGUGACAGUUCUAUAUUUUCUUUAUCAAUGUAAUAGCUGCAGGUGACUAUUUUAUUUAGAAACAGACUAUAUUCACGCUGUUUCAAAAAGUCUCUGAUUACAGAACAAAAGACAGAUGGCACACACGGUAAACAGAUUGCGUGCCACAAAAGCAAAUAUUAAGUCAAAAAAGUAAACACAAUAUUAAAAAAAAAAUUAACAGUUUUUACAAUGUUUGAAUAAGGCGGCAUUGUUUUCAUAAAAAAACUUAAUAUUCACGGGACGUAUUCACAACACGAUGCGUUGUAGUCUUAGGCCAGUAUUAUAGGAAGAUUCUCAGUGAUUGAUCUAGUCUUGAACAUAGUUAGAAAGGGAUGUCGCUAUAUAUAGCACAUAGCGGUAUCCCUUUCUAACUGUACUCAAGUAAAGAUCUGCACUUAGUUGUCAUUCUGUAAUACGGGCCUUAAAUUAAAACAAAAAGGGAAGAUACGGUACGCUCAUACUAGCAUCAAAUAAAAUAUGAUCCGACUCAACUACAUAAGCAACUCUCACGCGCCCGUCUGUAUGGUUUGAACAAACAUUCAAUUAAGAGAGCGAGACAGAACUGUAUAAUGCGAUUCAAAUGAGAAUAGGAAAGCCAAUGACCUCCAUCUGUCAAAUGUCGCUUGAAAAGUACGGCUUGCAAAAAAAUCUUGGAACCCUCUUUUAGCACUCAGCUAAUAGGGAAGAUGCAUAUAUAAUAUUUAUGAAAAUUUUAUGAUUAAAAUGUUAAAAAAAUAUAAAAGAAAUGCCACUGCAACGUUUUUAUUUUACAUAAUGUUGUUUUUUAACAAUUAUUACGAAUUAAAAAUACUUGAAACAGAACGUAUUUUAAAACACAAAUCAGCGUUUAGUGACGUCACUCCUGUUAUGACAACUUCUUUGAGGUUAUGGUUGUAAAAGUAAAUAUUAUUUUAUGGGAAUAUUAAUUGCGUUUUUUUACAUUUAAUAAAAAUGGAAGUUGCGUUUAUCAAAGCAGACUCCAGGAAUUUACCAAGAGUUAGUGUUGACAUGGUUAUAACUUUUUUUGUCCAAAGUGCAGAGUUUUUAAGUGUAGAAAUGAAAGGGACUAAAUUACUACGGUAUGUAAAAAUCAUAGUUGUUAAACUUCGUAUUUUAUUCAGCGGCUUCUACAAAUCUUACGGCGAUAAUGCAAUCGGCUAUGUCCAAAUUAAAAGAGAUGGAGAAUUAUGUACAGUAAAAGGUCGAGUUCUCCGGAGCAUAAAGUACGUAAAGAAGGUUAUCGUGUUACAGUUAUUUUAAAUGAAACGCAAAGCUUGGUUCAGUCCUGCCAAUGUGAAGAUUGUGCCACACAUUUUAAAGUUUAUCUAAUUUUCGACGUCAUUCUCCAACUGUAAAAUUAAAAAUAUGUUAUAGACAGGUUUUGUAAGUAUUAGGUAGGUUACUAAUGCGUUUUUACGUACAAGCAGAUUAAUUAAGCAUAUAACAAGUAUAUUCGCCGACUUACGUCAAAGUGAUCUUCACAGCAUCGAAUAAUGGUCUUUGGAGAAUAAUUGUCAUUUCUCUUCGCAGCUUCAAACCACUUUUUUUUUCAGUUUUGGGUCAGAAGUUCCAGUCAAAAACAAUUUGUUUGGAAACUUUGUUGAAGUAGAUUGGCACAAAACAUGAGUAAACACGCUUUUUUUCGGAAUAUUAGUGGUAUUGUUAUGAUCACAUGAUGUUGAUGGAUAGUCCAUUUUAAAUUUUUCAAAAAAAUAUUUCGAAAGUCGAUAAAAUAUGCAAAAGUAUGAAAAUUUAAAGCCAGCGACGAACAAGUACGACCAGUGACAGACAGGAGUGACGUCAUCGCAACCAUAGGUUCGUUUUCGCGCGAAAAUUUAAAUUGUCAAUUUAAAACCGCAUUUUUUCCGAUAAAUCACAAUGUUUUAAUUUUUUAAUAUAUCUGUGGUUUAUUCUACAUGGAAUUCUUUAAAAUGAAAACAAAAAUAUUGCAUCUUCCCUAUUAUGGAAUAAAAACCAAACAUUUGUAAACAAACAAUAACAAAUAUUGUUAAUUAAUAUUGGUUGAUAUUUUAUUUUCAUUUAUUGAGCUUUGGCUAUGAAUGUUUGAUAACCUAAAUCGUCAACCAAAUGUCACUUUAAGUUGCGUUCAGAAACUCGAUUUAAAACUUUGGUUUACAUAUAGAAUGCAUGUUCGUAUGUGACCUAGUAAUAGUGCAUGAUUAUUCAUAACUACUCCGGCGGUAAUGCAGAGAUGAGCGGAAUUGAAGAGCUUAAUUCUGAUUAAUGUAUUUUCUCGCACAGUCUUAAUAAAUAAAUAUUACUAAAAAUCGGUUAUUUUCUUUUCUCAAUUUUAGUAAAUAAAUUUUAUUAAAAAAUCGGAUGUUUUUUCUCACUUAAUCUUAGUAAAUAACUUUUAUUAAAUAAAAACUUUUUUGCUCACUCUACCUUUUUCGUAUGAAUUGACAGCUAUGACGUCACAAUAUGGCGCCCCGUCGAUCCUAUUCUUAGUUGAAUCGCAUUAUAGGUACGCUUCAACGCAGCGCGAGCGAAACGGCGAGUCCGCUUCCGAGUGCGUACGGCUGAGCUGUAUUGUUGUCCUUUACUUGAUAUCAAAAUGGUGAUUACGUAAAUAACAUUCACGACAAACCGUGAUUUUUGAGAAAAAAAUAUUUUACAGGAUUACGAAUGAAAAGUGUUGCCGAGGCAUUUGUUAUUUGAUUUUGAACUAUUUGUGUUCUCUAAAGAAGGCAUUUAGUACAGUCAAUCUGUCGAAAAAAAUAUCGUUACAGUGAAAAAAAAACCUAAAGGGUAAGUCUUGUUUUUUCUGUUGCCAAAUGACGUCAGUAAGCCACCUUGGCGAUGGGCAUGUUCUACUCGUAGGCGUUUUUUGAAAAACUCAAAAAAACCGUCAAAAAUUUUUUGAAACGCGUUUUUCUUGUUUGGUAUGCAUUUUAGAAACUUUUUUUUUCGACCAUAAUUGUAGAGGGCGUUGAGUGCUACAAUUUAUGUAAUUGUUGCAAUCUCGUACAACAAAAAAUGCGCAUUGUAGGUGGCGCUAAAGUCUCAAAAAAUGUUUUUUCACUUUUCACCCUGAAAAUAUAAUUUUAAUGGAAAACUUUAAAUGGCAAAGUUGUUUCGUACAUAAUUACCAACAACUUUUGUAUAAACAAUUUUUUUGUAUUACUUACCGUUUUCAAGUUAUAAAUUGCGCAGGUAUGAAAAAUCCAAUAGAGUGGUUUUGGGCAGUUCACGUACACAUUUGC